CCCCGCGCAGGAAGGGAGCGAGGCGAUGAGCCGCCCGCCGGCGGCCGCCCGCGAGUGACGGCGGCGGGGCAAGGAGCGGCGGCGGCGGCGGUGGUGGUGACGGGGAGGAGGACGAGGGCAGCGAUCCCUGCCAGUGCCUGCGGCAGCCCGGGAGAGCCCCGGCGGAGGGCUCGGCCAUGCCCUUCGCCAAACGGACCGUGGAGCCUCAGCGGCUGUGCCGGCGGCAGCCCGCCGCCUCCGUGCUGGAGGAGAGCUGGGGCGCGGAGCCGCCGCCACCGCCGCGGGACCCGCCGCCGGAGGAGCCGGGGACGGCGGGCGAGGGCUCGGAGACGGCCGGCGGCGGGGAGCGGGAGGUGGUGUUGAUGGUGCUGGACCUCUGCUCGGUCAGCAAUGUGGCCCUGUCGCGGAUCCUCCGGCAGCUCUCCGACGUGGCUCGGCACGCCUGCACCCUCUUCCAGGAGGUCGAGGCUGACAUCCAGGGCACCCACCGCCGUGUUCGGGCGCUGCACGGCCGCAUCGCCGGACUCCAGGGAGCUGUGCGCGGCCUCGACCCCAAGCAGGAGGCAGUGCCUGUCUCCAACCUGGAUGCAGAGAGCAAACUGAGUGUCUAUUACCGAGCACCUUGGCAUCAGCAAAGAAACAUUUUCCUCCCUUCCACCAGACCACCUUGUGUGGAGGAGCUGCACCACCACGCCAAGCAGCACCUGCGAGCCUUGCGCAGAGAGCAUCGAAGCCGAGGUGAUAACAGAGAGCAGAAAGUCCAAGGCCCCAUUGCUGUGGUGGCUCCUCCCUUUCCUCCUUUCCCUGCAAUCUGCAGUCAAAAGAGGCAAGCGAUAAAGGACCGGCACUUGUUACGAUUUAACAGCACCCGUUCGCCCUCCCCAAUUGAGUGUUGCCACAUGACCCCAUGGAGUAGAAAGUCCCAUCCACCAGAGGACGAAGAUACAGAUGUCAUGUUAGGGCAGAGGCCGAAAAAUCCAAUACAUAAUAUCCCUUCUACACUGGAUAAACAAACCAAUUGGAGUAAAGCACUACCUCUCCCAACUCCAGAGGAGAAAAUGAAACAAGAUGCCCAAGUGAUUUCUUCUUGCAUUAUCCCCAUCAAUGUCACUGGAGUUGGUUUUGACAGAGAGGCUAGUAUACGCUGCUCUCUUGUUCAUUCACAAUCUGUACUACAGCGGAGACGAAAGUUGAGGAGGAGGAAAACCAUCUCUGGCAUCCCCAGAAGAGUGCAACAAGAAAUAGAUUCAGAUGAGUCGCCAGUGGCGAGAGAGCGCAAUGUGAUUGUGCACGCAAACCCAGACCUCUCCGGCUCUGGCAGCAGGAGGUCAGGGACCCGGGACUCAGAGUGCCAGACGGAAGAAAUCCUGAUAGCCGCUCCCUCCCGUCGGCGGAUCCGCGCUCAGAGGGGGCAGAGUGUCGUGGCCUCCCUCUCACACUCUGCCGGCAACAUCCUGGUGCUGGCAGACAACGGGGACGCUGCCGUCUUCGCGGCUGCUGUAAGCAACCGCAUCCGCUCACGGAGCCUUCCUCGUGAGGGCGCUCGGGCCAGUGAGGACCAUCAGGAUGCCACCACCAAGAGUGCAGGGUAUGAAGAGGAGCGUUUCCUAGCUGGCCAGGAGAGGAUCCCAAAAAAGGGGAAGGAGGUCUUGACCAAGCAGGGCUCACAGGAACACCAGCCCAUUGGUUUAAGUUGUCCUCAGCACCUGCACAGCCCUGAACACAGCAUUGGUGAGAGAGGCAGAUCGCGACUGUCAAGGAUGGCCGAUUCGGGCAGUUGUGAGAUCUCAUCCAACUCGGACACUUUCGGGAGCCCCAUUCACUCUAUCUCCACGGCAGGAGUCCUGCUCAGCAGCCACAUGGACCAGAAAGAUGACCAUCAGUCCUCCAGUGGCAACUGGAGCGGGAGCAGCUCCACGUGUCCCUCCCAGACAUCUGAAACCAUUCCUCCUGCUGCCUCUCCUCCGCUGACAGGCUCUUCACACUGUGACUCCGAGCUGUCACUCAACACUGCUCCUAAUGCCAACGAGGACUCCAGUGUCUUCAUCACGGAGCAGUUUGGUGACCACACAGACAAGAUCAGAGGCCACAGAGCAAGCUCCUUCACCUCCACCGUCGCGGAUUUACUGGAUGACCCCAACAACAGCAACACAAGCGACAGUGAGUGGAACUACCUGCACCAUCACCACGAUGCCUCCUGUCGCCAGGACUUCAGCCCUGAGCGCCCAAAGGCCGACAGCCUGGGAUGCCCCAGCUUCACCAGCAUGGCCACCUAUGACAGCUUCCUUGAAAAGACUCCCUCUGACAAGGCAGACACUAGCUCACACUUUUCCGUGGAUACUGAAGGAUACUAUACCUCCAUGCACUUUGACUGCGGUCUCAAGGGUAAUAAAAGCUAUAUUUGCAACUAUGCAGCCACAGGCUCUGAGAGUGGCCAGACCGAGAGUAUGACCUCCAGCCUGGCUGACUGUGCCUGGCAGGAGUGUGUGAGCCACAGGAAGCAGGGACGGCAGAGCAUCUCACUGAAGAAACCAAAGGCAAAGCCAGCUCCGCCAAAACGCAGCUCAUCUUUGAGGAAAUCGGAAGGCAGCAUCGACCUCCCCGACAAGAAAGAACCAAAGAUCAGCAGUGGGCAGCACGUCUCUCACACUGCUAGGGAGAUGAAGCUACCCCUUGAGUUUUCAAACACACCUUCCCGAGUGGAAGGCCCCAACCUGCCGGCCAAGCAGGAGCUCCCCUGGGUGAACCAGGCCGAUGGCGGGUUAAAAGACACUCCGUUCAACACCGCCGAUAUCCCUUCCUUUAAAGAUGAAGGUGCUGAACAACCUCACUAUGCAGACCUCUGGCUUCUGAACGACUUGAAAUCCAGCGAUCCUUACAGAUCCUUGUCCAAUUCAAGCACCGCUACGGGUACUACAGUCAUAGAAUGCAUCAAAUCACCAGAGAGCUCUGAAUCCCAGACAUCCCAGUCUGGGUCACGAGCCACCACCCCGUCCCUCCCUUCAGUUGAUAAUGAGUUUAAGCUGGCCUCCCCCGAGAAGCUGGCGGGGUUAGCCUCACCCUCCAGUGGAUAUUCCAGCCAGUCAGAGACACCCACUUCUUCUUUUCCAACUGCUUUCUUUUCGGGACCCUUGUCUCCAGGAGGAAGCAAGAGGAAGCCAAAAGUACCAGAGAGGAAGUCGUCGCUGCAGCAGUCACUCUCGAAAGACAGCACCGCCUCGGUGAGCAAAGACCUUGAACUUCCAAUUAUACCUCCUACUCACCUUGACCUAAGUGCUCUUCACAACGUCUUGAGCAAGCCGUUCACUCACAGGCACCAGCUGCAUGCCUUCAGCCAUGGCAAGCAGAGCGCUGUCGGGGAAGCCCUGCAUCCCAGCCCUCCCUCUGCCCUUGCCAUCACACCCUCAGUUCUCAAGUCUGUCCAUCUCCGGGCAGUCAACAAGCCUGAAGGAAGCAAACAGAAAGGCAGCAUCCCAGAUUUGCUCUGCAUACAGGAGGCCGCCUUGAUGGCGACUGACGUUUCUCCUGGCAAAAUGAGGCCACUUUUAGCUAAGAAGCCAGUAUCGCGCCAGUACUCUGCAGAGGAGGCCAUCAUGUCCUAUGUUGAUGCUUCCCCGGCAGAAAUGGGACCCAGAAAGCCACCUUUAGAGAAAAGCUCCUCUUUCAGUGGGCAAAACAACUGUGAGCGAGAAACUAUAACUUCAGCCAGCAUGAGCCUGGUUGAAGUCAAACCCGAGAAGGACCAAACAUACCCAGCUGCUGAGUGCUUGCCGGGAAGCGCUCUGAAUCAGACAUAUGUCAACUCCACAGAUGGAUUUCUAAAGGGCUCAACUGUCCUUAUAGGUGAUGAUGAAGCAAAGAAACCUGGCCAGGACGCAGAAAUGGAGCACAACCUUCAGCAAGGGCAGGCUCAGCGGGAGCUCUCUACAGGUGGUGAAGGAAGGGUGGAAGAUGGGCCAGCAGAUGAAAGCCCAGCUGAGGUCCAGGCAGCAGCCGUCAGCAAUCAGCUUAAGCACCAACCCGAUGUGAGCCACCAUGUGCCUGGGAAUAUCAGCUACAAAGCAGAGACGGCAGCAAAUUCACUCAGUGAAGCGAGUGGCAAGCAGGAAAAUGAUAUCACAUCAGGUAUCCCAACCAGAAGUGCCUCUGAUGACGGCAGGGUGGAUGAGAUGACAGGCAGUAUGGACGAGCCUUCGCUGAAAGAGUCCUCUCCAAGUGAUGAGUCCAUCAUAUCUCCACUGAGCGAGGAGUCACAGGCUGAUGCUGAGGAUGUCUUUGUGUCUCCAAACAAACCCCGCACUACUGAGGAUCUGUUUGCAGUCAUUCACAGAUCAAAAAGGAAAGUUCUCGGAAGAAAGGAUUCCGGAGACCUUUCUGUAAGAAACAGAUUGAGAGCUUCGUCUGGGACUAGCAGCCAGUCCCCUGCCAGCAGCACGCUGCCCGCCAGCAAUGUGCCACCAGCCAGCAGCAUGAGCACUCCUCUUAGCAGCCAGAGGUCUCCUGGGCUUAUAUACAGGAAUGCCAAAAAGUCCAACACGUCCAAUGAGGAGUUUAAACUUCUGCUCCUUAAAAAAGGCAGCCGAUCCGAUUCCAGCUACAGGAUGUCUGCCACGGAAAUUCUGAAAAGCCCUAUUUUACCCAAGUCUCCCGGAGAGCUGUCAGCAGAUGCCCCCCAAAGCUUGGAGGAGUCUCCCCCCACAGCAAGCCCUGAUGCAUUGUCCCCGCUCUCCCCAUGCUCCCCUAGAGUCAACGCAGAAGGAUUCUCUUCCAAGAGCUUUCCUAUGUCGGCGUCCUCGAGAGUGGGGCGGUCGCGGGCGCCUCCUGCAGCCAGCAGCAGCCGGUACAGCGUGCGCUGCAGGCUCUACAACACGCCCAUGCAGGCCAUCUCUGAAGGAGAGACUGAGAACUCGGAUGGCAGCCCUCACGACGAUCGGUCUUCUCAGAGCUCGACGUAGACCGAAGCUGCCAGCACUGCUCGGGCUAUGUAAGGAUGGGGGAAAAAAAGAGGCCGAUGCUGUAGCAAUCCAAAACCAAACAAACAAAAAGAUAAAAGAAAAGAAAAAUUGCAGGGCCAUAUCAAUGCUAUAAUGUGUUUGUGUUUGUAAGACGCUGGGGAAACAGAGGACUACAGCUGUAGCUAUUUAUUACGUUACAUUUUCUAAAAGGAGGAAGAUAUGCUAUGUCUGAUCUGUUUUUCUUUUGGCUUCAUUUGGUUUCUGCCACUCUCAUUUCCGUUGUCACUGUAGAAUUCAAGGCUAUACACUUCCCAUAAAGUUCAAAGUGACUUUGACUGGUUUUUGGUUGUUUUUUUUUUUUUUUUCCAGAAGCUGACCAUCUAGAAACAAAUCCCUCACUGUAGUGCUUCCCUAGGGAGAAAAAAAACAAAACAAAACAAAAUGCUCUCGAGGAUUGGUAUUUUUCUACACUAAAAUGAGCUGAAACAAAAUUUAGAAGAAAUUAGCAAAACAUAUGUAAAUACCAUAUUUUUGAUAAAAUUUUGUAAAUACAAUUACCAAGAAGUGGACGUGGCAAAUGAUUUACUGCAUAACAACUUUGUUUAUAGAAGACAAAAGAAGUCAAAUGUAAUAACUGUAUUCUGUGAAUACCAUUUUCAUAUCGAACAUAAAAAAUUCACACGGCCACCGAUAACCACUUUCAGUGCAACAAGCCUGAAGGACCAUAUUGAGCAGUGGAAAGGAGGAAUUCUCCUCCUUGGCUAAGGAAAUGGAAAGGCUGACUGUGAUGGGAUUAAAAUAACCUUUUGUCUUUCUAAGGCAGCUCCGAAGAAGCUAACUGGAAAGCACAGCUGGGAGGGUUACUGUAAGGACUUGUGGGGAUGGCAAGUGCGCUUCAAACAGAACAAAGUCAUGGCUGAUGCAAAGCCUCAAAGGGUCCCAUUCCCACAGCCUCCCCUGGGCCUUUAUUCUUGCAGGGUUCAUUUCAGAGAGGAUAGAUGUGAGAAGAAAUAGUACUUAACUUUCAUAUUCCUAUUAGGCUAUUGGGAUACAUAGCACGGUCAUAACCUGGUAACUAUAAUCUUUAAACACGAUUAGUUUCUGGUUCGUAAAGGAAACAAAUUAUAAGCAUGCAAGAAGCGCUUUCGAUUUAUCACUAAAUAUCUGCGAUGAGUUUUCAGUGAAGCUUUCUCUUUGUGCUGAUGAGAUUCAUGCUACCUAAAUAUUUACAAAAAUGACACUGUGAAAAUGUAGCUGGGAAAUAGGUAUGUGUAUGCAUUAUUUAUAUUCAUUGCCGAGCUGGGAAGGGGAAGGCUCUGGUUCGUUGUGCCACCGCAUACAGUUGGGAUCUUGUCUGGGUUUACCAGAAAUAUGGAACAGGGUGGGGGGACUGGGAUGGGGUGGGAAAGGAGAAAAAUCAAAGCAGCUGCUUUGAUAUAAAUUAAGGCAGGGAAAUAAAUCUGAAUUACUUGAAGUUACUUGAAUUUUCUCAUCUUAAAACGGCAAGAACGUGUACUUUUAAAACUUAACCCAUGAGUCGCUUUAUACUUUUGAUUUUUAAACGGAAAAGAACCAACAGGCCUGACUCUCCUUUGGGCCAUCACGGUUCCCAUCGAUGUAGCCCUGUCCAUGCUACUCAGAGAACAAGGCCGUCUUUGUCCAAAAUUGUUGCAGUUGGUGUUGGUUGCUGUAGGACAUGUUUUGGAACAGAGAAAAGAUUAGUGCAGAGAAAAUAGUGCGAGGAGAAAUGUGUUGUGCAGUAGGACACGUUGAAUAGGAUGGCAGAAGGAGCAUGCUUUGGUACUGAAGAAAUCAACUAAAAGCUGGCUUUAAGCAUAAGUGAUAGGAAAGCAGGAUGUGUGAAAUCGUUUUUUUUUACCAAGUUGGGUUGGGUUUUUUUGCUUUAAUCAUGUAAUGCAUAAUGCUGAGAGUUUUUUAAAGCAGGCAGAGCAAGUUUUAAAGAGGAAAGCUAUACCUAAAACUGUUUUAAUUUCAAGGAGUCUGAGCAAGUCAGAAUGGUUUCAAACAAAUCCCGAAUGACAUUCCCCACAAGGUUCACAUCUGAUUUCAUCUGGCACUUACCAUAAGAAACGUAGUAUUCAGGGUUUCCUACCGUCCUCCUGUGUUGCCUGGUUGUGUUUGAUAUGCGAGGUAGAGUUGCUGUGCAUGUGGUAUGUGUGUUGGGAAGAGGGGUGGUCCAGCAGCUGAAGGGCUGCAAAAUCAGGGAGUCUAAACCUAAAAGUCUAAAAAAUAGGUUUCAAAAUGGGAGCAAAGUUUUAGAAACAAGAGGCUUGUAGUAUUAGUAACUUAAGAAAAAGAAGUCUUAAUACAAGUGAAAUGCAUGAAUGAGAAUGUUUUAACAAAGAGGAAACUUUUAGCAUGUAACAAACCGCUUUCUGAAGAACACGAGUGAAGGAAGUUUAGAAUAUUGGGCAGGAAAUCCUUAGUUUGUCAUCUUCAUUUUCCAUAAAAAAUUUACCAGCAGUACUUUUACAAAAUGUUUAACAGUGCUGGGUUGGUCAUUCAAAGCUGUAAAGAGAAUAACAGCUGAAUUGACUUUGACGAUGUCACUUUUUAUUACCAAUCAAUAAUUUCACAGAGAUAAUAAAUAAAUACAUAGAUACACACUAAAAAAAAAUACAAAUCUUUUUGACUGGAAUGGUUAGGCAAUACUUGACAUUCAAAAUGGCCAGAGAACAAUCCCGUUAAAAUAGUCCAUCUUCUUUUGUUUCAUUUCCUAGUUUAUAUUUAGCAGAUUGAAACCCAAAGAAAGAAAGAUUCUAAAUCCACUAUGAAGAAAAGAGUUUGUAAGAAAUGUGUGAGUCAGAGGAAGAUGAAUGGUGAGAAGCCCUGUAGUGUUGCAGGCAUGCCAUUAGGGCACCAGAGGACAAGCUGUAGAGUGAGUCACUCACCCCUUGAGACAGGGUACAGUAUGUGCAUCAGGUAACCGCUGAACCGUCAUUUCAACCUACUGUUCCGUUGCUUGCACUGAUGUUGUGGAAAUUAUACAGCUGUGUUUUCUGAAAAAUAGCAUUUUCCCCUUUUAUUUUUCUUUUUUUGUUUUCUUUUGUUGUUGUUGUUUUUACUGUGGCAGCAUAGAGGACAUGGAAUAGUUGUAGCAAAUAAAGCAUAUAUUUGCUUUUGCCAAAGGUCAGUGAUUGAGUGCAUUUGCUGCAAUGGUGGCAGAUAGAGAAAUACUGUAGGUUAUGACUUAAAGAAUUUAAAAAAAUAAAUAAAUAAGAAGGUUACAGUGUAACUAUUUUGGUACUAGCACCAGUUCAUGCUGGCAGAAAAGACAAUGGUUUAUGGACUUGCAUCCAUUUUGUAUUUUUGUAAUAUUUGUAAAUACAAACUUUUUAAAUUGUUGCAAAGAUGGUUUCUUUUGUAAAAUGUUUUCAAAGUUUACAUUAAAUCCAAGCCUUUGUAUAUUUUAGAGCUGUGCAACACUUUAAGUCUUGUAUUUAUUUUUAGUAAAAACGGUGACAGUUUCAUUGUGAACCCCUCUCAAAAAAUGUGUCGGAAAAGUUUGAUUACCUAGAAAGUGUGUAUAGAAACUGCAAAUAAA